UGUCAGGAACUUACUGUUAGUCAAGCAACGGCAUCUCGGACUAUGGAUAGAGUUGUGAACAGCAUAGUUGCACAGUCAAACGAAUGGAUCAAGAUUCCAACUACCAACCAUGAACUGAUGGAGGCCAAGCGGAUAUGGCAAAGCAUGUGUGCAGAAAUUGGUGUCAUUGAUUGUACACAUACAGGAAUGCUGAAACCAAAUCGCCAUGGACACGAGUAUAUCAACCGAAAAGGGAAACCUACUUUAAAUGUGCAAGCCACUUGUGAUGCCAGAGAGAUGUUCACAAACAAAUGUUGUACUACUUGGCGAUGACGG